AUGAAGGUAGGUCAACUCAAAUAUAUAGAUAACAAGCAGUUCAUGAAUAGUAGCUUGGCCAGUUUUACAAAAUAUUUGGGUGAUAACUACCCAAUAACAAACCAAUAUUUCAAAAAAUUAAGUUAUACAGAAGAGCAAUUAGCAUUAGUAUAUCACAAAGGAGUUUAUCCCUAUGACUAUAUCGAUUCUCAUGAUAGGUUUCAGGAGAUAGAACUUCCUCCUAUUUAUGAAUUUUAUAAAUAUUGUGAACUUGAUCCCAGUCACUAUGUUUCUGCCUCAUCAUUAUCCUGGAAUGGAAUGUUUAAGAUGUCAGGAGUUAGGAUUGAACUUUUCACAAAUAUGACCAUGCAUGAUUUUAUAGAAAAAGCAAA